ACAGAGAGGGAAAGGGUUUUGUGGUGUUUGCUGAUCGGGAAAUUUGGAGCGAGAGCCGCAAAGAACUAGUUUUUCUUUUGAAAAAACUCUGUUUUUUCUUCUGUUUUGCCCCCGAUUUGCGAAGAGGGAAAAAAAAGUAGUAGUAGACGAAGAAAGAGCUCGUAAAUAUGGGGAGUGAAAACAAGAAUGGCGUGGGUUUAUCGGCAGAGUCAUCGCCGGAGACGAAGAAGAUGAUUCAGAAUCUCAAAGAGAUUGUCGACUGUCCCGAGUCUGAGAUCUAUGCCGUCCUCAAAGAAUGCAAUAUGGACCCCGAUGACGCCGUUCAGCGACUUCUCUCUCAAGAUACUUUUCACGAAGUGAAGAGCAAACGUGAAAGAAGAAAAGAGAUGAAGGAGACGCAGGAAUUAAGACCCCGAGUUAAUUAUAAUGGUCCAAGUCGUGGAAGUGGAAAUAAAAGUGCCAGUGAACGUUAUAGUGGAUGGAGUGGAUCAUUUCAAACCAGUUAUGAGGAGACGGGCACUAAUGCACACAAGGGCGAGAAUGCAUGGGCUGCUCCUUCACAGUCUUAUUUGACUGCUGAUGUAAAAGGAGAAACUAUGAGCCCACAGCCUUCAUUUAACAGUGAUUCUUUAAGUACUGAUUGUGGAGGACAGUCAAUAAGAACAGGUGGUGCCAUCUCUAAUACUGUGCAACCUUCUCCGGGAUGUCAGUCUGCUUGGUUGGGCACAAGCGCUGGACAGCUUUCAAUGGCUGAUGUCGUCAGGCAGGGAAGACAUUCAUCUAAGGGCUCACAUAUUUCGUCUAAUGCACAUCAAAAUGCUGUUACGGCAAACUCCAAUCAAUACUACCAGAAACCCUCCCAAGCAUCUGCACCUAUCCAGACAGAAUCGCACCACAAUGUGCAUCCUCUUCAAAAUGAUUCCAACGUAUCAAGAACGAUUGAUAAGUCAGACAUUUCUGUUGGACAGCAUGCUUUUCUUGACGAGUGGCCUGUGGUUGAGCAUCCCACAGCUGCUAGUGGGUCAUCCGUUGCACCAGAUGCCAACAUUUACUCUAAUCAACCCAACCACUAUGGUAACGGAUCUCAAUUGCCUAGGAACCGCCACUCAUGCAGUGUCCAAGCUUCAGAUGGGAAUGUUGAUGAAUAUAUUACUCCAGACCACACUGUUUCUGCUUCUGCCUCUAGUGGACAGAAGAGUGUAACUAAUGAUUCAGAAGCAUCUCAUUGUGACGAUAUAGAACCAGGCAGUGCUUCGAAUUUGUCCAAUCCUAGUUAUUCUAUACCAUUGACAGAUGAUGUUACAGCUGUAUCAUCUGCUGCUGCAAAUUUGCAUCACUUAAGUGUAGAGGAGGCAUCACUGGAAACUAACUCUGCGGUUGUUCUCCCAAGUCAUCUACAAGCUUUGGCAGCUAAUUGCUCACAUUUGAGUUUUGGUACAUAUAAAUCGGGACAUAAUUCUGCAUCAGCUGCACUGUUUUCAUCUAAUCAGUUAAAAGAUGAUUCCCAGGAAGCCUCCAGGUGGUUGGAUGGUUUAUCCGAUGAGCCCUUGGAAAGAAGGAAUAUGGAACAUGAUGCUGAUGAGUCCAUUGGAUCCUUGUAUAACACUCAUAACACAACGGCAGAUGGUAUAAGUUAUGACUUAAAUGCGGAAUUUCUCUCAGAGCUGACAAAGCAGGAUGUCUCUGAAGCAACCCUUGGAAGUGAAUUUAUCAAACCUUCUCUGCUUGGUUCUAAUGUUGAGAACAUUGAACAAUCAAUUCCCGAGUUGUCUUUCUCAAGGACGGAUCCAAAUUUUAGAAAUAUUUCUGUUCAAAGUGAAACGGCAUAUUUAGAUUCUAAACAAAGUGAUUUGUUAUUGUCAAACAUUCAAUCAUUAAGAGAUCCUGAUGGUUUCCACGCACAGCUCCUUAUGAAACAAUCAAUUCCUUCAAGGCACAUCAAUGCAGUGCCAUCUAUAAGCAGUUCAUCCAUCUCCUUUCCUGAGGAUAGGAGACCACCAUCGGGAGUCUUUUCUCUAUCUGCAGCGUCUUCUGUACUACCUCAGCACCGCAUAGCAAAUUCUCAACCUACCGUUCCCUUGGAAAAACCAUCCAACAACAUGAUUGGCUACUCUGGCUUACCUCAGAGCUAUUCGCAUUUGCCCUCAAACUUUCAGCAAGGAUAUCCAGGCAGUGAUAAAGUCUCUCUGGCUGAUCUGAACUACAACCUUCCACAGCAUGGAGCAUCAAUGAGUAGAUUUCCUGGGGCUUCGGCUACUGCUGGUUAUGGGAAUUAUGGGAUGCCUAGCAAUGUUCCCGGAAGCUAUCUUCAGAUUUCACCUUCUCCACCAAUGAUCCCUAAUAGUGGCUAUGAUGAUCUUUUCCACCGUCAGUACAAGGAUAGAGACCAUUUUACUCCUCUUCAACAGAAUAGUAGCUCAUGGAACCAAGGGCCCGGUUCAAGAAAGCUGCCUUCUGCUGAAGAAAUUGCAUAUUACAAUUUACACGGACAGAAUCAGCAAUAUUCUGGAUAUCGACAGGACCAUCAGCCUUCACAGUACUAUGGAGGAUUAGAAUAUUCCAACCCUUACAGAUCGCAAACGGGAAUGGCACGAGAACAUCAGCAGCACAACUUUGGCAGUUCGAGCUCUAGUGGUUCUCGAGACAUUUUUCCUCAGCAAUUGGACCAGUUUUGGCGGCAACAUUAACAGUUUGAUAUUUUUGUUUCAAUAUUUUGCCUUUUGUCCAUGGAUUUCCAGUGAGUUUGGGGGAUCCGGGUGUUAUUAGAGUUCUCAUCUUAUGAUUAUUUUUGAGUGUCUGGCUCUGUCCAAUUGUACAUACUCGGAAUAGUUAUUGUGUUCAUGCCGGCUGCCCAACUGUUGUAUCCUACGUAACUUCAUAUUUGGGGCGUGAUUUUUGAAGUUAGAGCUAGCUUUCUAAUUCAAAUUUUCCCAAUGAAGAAAAGCGUUGUGAUGGAACAGUUUCUAACUUUAGUGAGCUCUUCUAUAUAGUUAUUUUGAAGGCUUUUAUGCCCUUUUUUCAGUACUGAUCCAGUAUGUUUCUAAAUCCCUUUGCAUUCAGUUUUAAUAGCCUGUUUGGAAACAUGGUUUUCCUCAGAUGAAACAAACGGAUGGUUGAUUUAGGUAGCUUUUAACUACUUAAAAUAACUUAGAAUGUGUAAUUUGUGUAUGAUUAUCUCUUGUAGAAUAUAUUGUGGAUUUUGUGUAUCUGUUGAGAAAGACAAUUAACAUGGGUAAGUCGGUUGGGAAUUAGGCGAUGAGAAUAAUACAAAAAAUCUUAUUAAACAAUUGGAUUUGGUAGCACUU